CAUGGCGCUUAAGCGCCAUGAUCUGUCAAUUCAGUCUUGAGUUUUGACUCGAGCCAACAUAAACUCUUUAUAGUGCAGAAAUAAUUUUUUGCUGACAAAGUAUAAUAUAAUUUUUUUUCAAUUACAAUUAUCUGCAUUCAGUUGCAUAUUAACGUUAGUGGGAUUUUUAUGGACUAAAUGCCCUCGAGAAGCCACAAGAAAUAAAAAAUUACUUCAACAGCAGAUUUUAGAUCGUUUUGUGCCCAGAAGUAAAAGGAAAGCAAAAUAGUAAAAAUGGCACUGACCAGAAUGGCUCUCUCUAGAUUAUCGACAAAUAGGCUCUCUCAAUAUACAGUAGCAAUUUCUAAGCAUCAGCAAAAUACGAUGCUGAGACUAAUGGCCUGUAGAUUCGUGUCAACUCAUCGAAUUACAAAAAAUAUUGAACUUAUAACUCAAGAAACUCCAAUUCAAACUGACAAGUUCAAUAGUCAAGGUUCUAUUGUUUCCGAAGAUCGACCACUUUUAGUUUUACUCUGUUGGCUUUUAGCUCAACGUAAACACGUUAUGAAAUAUGCGGCUUUUUACAUGGAACAAGGCUUUGACGUUGUCACUGUCACUGUCAGUCCUUGGCAACUAAUGUGGCCUGCCAACGGAACAAGAAAAGUAGCUGCUGAACUUUUGGAAUUUAUGGAUCAGAAUAAAAACUAUCAACAAAUAAUGUUGCAUGGCUUUUCAAUUGGCGGUUAUAUGUGGGGUGAGGUGUGCGACUACAUUCACAAAGAUCGGAAACGAUAUAAUCAUAUUAUAGAAAAAAUUGUAGGACAAGUUUGGGACAGUGCUGUAGAUAUUACUGAAAUUACAAUAGGAGUGCCGCCUGCAGUUUUUCCAAAUAAUGUCGUACUCCAAAAUAUGUUUAAAAAAUACAUGGAAUAUCAUUUAACUGCUUUUCAUAAGCAAGCUACGCAAUAUUACAUUCGAUCUAGUCAACUUUUUCAUACAAAUAUUGUACAUUCGCCAGCUUUAUUUCUUCUGAGUAAAACAGAUACAAUAGGAGCAGUUUCAAGUAAUAUGAGGGUGCGAGAUAGUUGGGAAUCUCUUGGAACAAAGACGUACGUGAAAAUAUUCGAAAAUUCACCACACGUCGGACAUUUUCGUAAAUAUCCAAAAGAAUACAUUGCCGAAUUGUACGCAUUCAUGAAUAUGCUGCAAAUGAUACAAGAUGAAGAAAAAGUUAAAACGCGACUUUAAUUUAAGAAUCACGGUAUAAAAAUCAGUUAUUUUUUUUUUUUUUUGUAAAAUCAUCAUGAGACCAUCCACCUUAUAUACAUAUAUAUACAUUAUACACUAGUACAAAAUCUGUGACCUAAAAGCAUCAAGAUGAAAUUUUACCAGUCAACUGUUUUAAAAAACGAAUUUUGAAAAAAGAUUUACAAAAAGCCUUAAAGUAUCGAAAAAAAAUUAUCGAAUUUGCCAAGAAAAAUUUUUUGCUUUUAAGCCACAGAAUUAUCAGCCUAUUGAUUUUAUAUCACAAAAAAGGCUGCAUAUAAAAACAGCAAUUUUAUAUUGCAAUGUUCUCUCUAGUUAACCACUUUUUUUUUUGUUUUUUGAAAAAUUGUGGAAAAUUUGCCUUCAUAUUGUAUAUCGUCUCGAAGCCUUUAAAGUAUUAGAAAUUUGGAAAAAUUUGGCAUUUCUUAAUUUUAUACAUUUAAUAGUAAAGAAAAAAUUUUAUUACUGCCAAUUUCAGUUGUCAAUUUUGUCAAUUAAAUUAAAUUGUUGAUAUUGAAUUAUAUAAUUGUUUUUCCAAAUUUUCAAACUAAAAUUCUUAAUUAAAUUAAGAAAUUAAUACUAAGAUAUAAAAGUGGUUUUUAACCUUUUAAUUUGAAUUGAUUCCUUUUCACAAAAUGUUGAGGUAAAUUUUUAUAAUAUAUAUGUAUAAAAUACAUAGUGUUUAUCGUAAAUUUUUAUACGCUAAAAAGAAUAGUAAACUAUUGAGUAGAAAAGUUAUAUAUAUAUUAGUUUUUAAAAGAAAUUUUUUAGAAAUUGAAUUAAAAAAACUUAAAAUUUUAUGUAAACAUUGACGAUAAUAUUGUCGAAAAGAGCAAUAAAAUAGAAACUGUUUUUUCUAAA